CAAUACAGUUUUUUUAAAAAAAAGAUAUCUCAAACUUUAGAUUAUUCACACAUCUUCCCCCCAAUAGCAAUAUAAACACUCUCCUUCUUAUCAAAUAUGGAAAAUGAAUCUGUGAAUGAAAUAUAUCCAAAAUUUGAAAAUUUCCCACAAAUUAAAGGAUUUAGAGAACUUUUCAGUAAAAAUAAUGAUAAUUCAUAUAAUAAUGAUUCUUUAACGACAGCAAUUUUAUCAGAAUAUAGAAGAAAUCUGAAAGUUAAUACCCCUAAAAAUGAAAUAAUUGGUAAAGAUAUAGAUUUUGAAUUUAUCAUUGAAAAUCAACGUGGGUUAAAAUUUUUCGGUAUACCUUUAUUUUCUUCUAAACCACUUAUACCAAUUGUAGAUCCACCAAAUUUUCAACUGCUCAAUGGGAAUAGUAUUCUUAAUGCUGUAGAAUUAAGGAAUGAUAGCAUACAUACCACACUUACGAACAUAUAUCCCUUACCAGAUCUAAAUUGGGAAUGGACUUGGGAUACUUGGUAUGUUGUCAUGCUUUAUGAUGUAGAUGAUCAAGGAUGGAUAUAUCUGGGGUUGUUAUUUAACAGUAAACAUUGGAAGGGAAAAUAUUAUUUUGGUAAUUUUGUAAGACGAAGAAUUUGGGCAAGAUUAAGGAAUAGAAUUGGUUAUAAAGUAAAUGGAUUUCAAACUGAUAAUGAUAGAGAUGAUCAAAAAAGUGAUUUAGUGGUGAGCUCCAAUGAAAUUGAAUACAAUGAUGGUGACAAAAUAUAUGUUGGAAAGGGGACAUAAUGAAGUAUAGAAUGAAGGAGAAUAAUCAAGUAAGUACGAAAUGGGGACAUCUAAACUGCCCGUGUCCAUGUGGAGGGGUCCGAGCCGCUCCAUGGGUUACUGGCAGUGGAGCCUUGUGUUCCUCUUACGAGGAAUCUCCUCGUAGAGGAGCUGGGCACUACCCAGUGGCUCUCUACAAGUAGGGGUACAACGGAGCGGUUCUCAUUCAAGAGAGGUGACGGAUUGAAUUCCUACUGGGUUCGUGGGACGCUCCACUGGCACUCCGUGGGCUAUUAACUGUGGGUGAUCCUGUUCCUCUACCGACUAAGUUGGACAACACUCCUGUAGAGUGGUAAAGCACCACAGAAUCUCCUAGAGU